AUGCUUGGUAUUGACUCUAUCCCAGGAGAAAAAAUGACACUCCCUCGCCAGCCAGAGCACAGUUCACAAAAAGUUAGGGCAAGCUAUGACCAGGGUGCCUCCAGUAGGGUUGUCACCUAUCCCCUGGCUCAUCGUGGAAAUCGCGAUGCGGAUGGGAUUCCUGGGAUAUUGCUAGCGCCAUCCCGGCCCUUGAAGCUCCUUUGUGAUCUGACAAGUUACCACAAUAGAGGUAAAAGGUGUACGAAUAAACAUCAUUCAGAAGAUGGUCACCAGGCCAUCGAAGUGGAAAAUCUAGGCUGCAAACCUUCGACCCUCCAUGUUCCUCGUCGACAUUCCAGUCCUGGCUUCACGAACAUUUUGUCUCGCAGAUUUUCUACAACAUUCGGCCAUCCUACCGUAAUUCACCGUUCAGAUCUGCGCAGACGGCCCAGUAUCCACAGCUUUUCUUUUACGCCUCCUGCAUCCAAUACACCUGACCUGCAAAGGUUAGGGGAUAACGCCCAAGAUGACACAGACUCUUCCUCAGUGCAUAGCACCUCGUCUCCUCGAACACAGUCGACCAACCCUACUUCUGACGGUGCGCCGGUGACGCCCUUGCCAAAGAUGUUAGAUAAAGCUAGCCAGAAGAACGGAGAAUACUUUUCAGGUUCCGACACAUCUGAGAACAAAAUCAACCAACUCAAUAAAAUAUCCCCAUCUAUUGUUACUGUUGAGGCUGCUGCGUCCGCGAAAAUCUUUUUCGAGACUUACUUCAACGAAUUGUUCUCCGUGGAGUCUCCACGCUCCGAGCGUCAGCGCGAACUAGAAGAACGACUGUAUCUGUUAAACCUGCCGAUAGAAGAGCAUGUUAGAGCAAAACAGGCGUGGUACCGGCAGGAAAGCGACCAUCUCCGACAGGAUCGCCUCCUGAAAAGUCGGUCAAAUUGCCCGAAAGCUAGGGAGAGUAUCUCUGUGGCUGGAUACGAAUGUAUCAAAGUUCUUGGAAAGGGCAGCUUUGGAGUCGUUCGCCUUGUGAGGGAGAAGCACACAGGAGAUAUCGUCGAGACCCCGAAACCAGAGUCUUAUGCGACUCAAAGCCAUAGAAGGCCCAGUACCUUUGAUGCUCUAAAAUCAGCAGUCGAUGGGGCUAGAAGCUCUCGUCGUAAGGAUCUGGACAGAUCAAAAAAGGAUGUUUUCGCAAUGAAGGUCAUUCGGAAGUCUGAUAUGAUACGAAAUUGUCAGGAAGGGCAUUUACGGGCAGAGAGAGAUUUUCUUGUCGCUUCAACAAAAUCCCGAUGGAUAGUCCCGCUGGUCGCUAGCUUUCAAGAUACGCAUAGUCUCUAUCUUGUCAUGGACUACAUGGUUGGCGGGGACUUUCUUAGUUUGCUAAUAAGGAAGAACAUUUUGAGCGAGGACGUUACCAGAUGGUACAUUGCUGAGAUGAUUCUUUGCGUGGAAGAGACUCAUCGCCUCCGGUGGAUUCAUCGAGAUGUCAAGCCUGAUAACUUCCUUAUCUCAGCUUCUGGGCACCUAAAAAUAUCCGAUUUUGGCCUUGCCUUUGACGGACAUUGGUCUCAUGAUCAAGCAUACUACACGAAUCAAAGGCAAUCAUUGAUGUCGAAGCUGGGAAUACAGGUCGAAGGAGACGACAAGGACCGCAAAGCAGCUCAAGAGGUCGCUCAUAGUGCUGGUACCGAGUUACCAAGGCGAGAGUCCGGUAAAAAUCACGAUCGACUACCCUCAAUUCCCAGCCCUGGACCAAAUGAUGAUAUUCUCUGCUGGCGAAAUCGGAAGCAAAGGAAGAAACUUGCAAGGAGUGUUGUAGGCACCAGCCAGUACAUGGCACCAGAAGUUAUUAGGGGUGAGUUUUACGACGGGAGGUGUGACUGGUGGAGCAUCGGUAUCAUUUUAUAUGAGUGCUUGUACGGGUUUACUCCUUUUGCUGCGAAAACAAGGCAUGACACCAAACAAAGAAUCCUUCAUCAUUAUCAGACACUGUAUUUCCCUACAGAUCGGCCUUCGGACCAUCUUAUUUCUGAUGAUGCGAUUGAUUUGAUCAUUCAAAUUCUACAAGAAAAGGAAUACCGCCUUUGCUCCGAAAAAUAUAUACUAAAUGAUUAUGUGCAUUCAGGGAGGAUACCGGGAGAGCUGCUCAAUUAUCCGGCUGAUAAAACAUCGAGAAACUACCGUGGGCAUUAUGUCUAUCCUGAUGAUGCAGCUGAUAUUAAGAAUCAUCCGUUCUUUAAGGCUGUUCGAUGGGACGAACUUCACUAUCGCAGUCCACCGUUUGUACCGAAGGUUAAAGCUGGAGAUGACACUAAGUACUUCGAAGGAGAGCAGGUGAGCGAUGCGCCGGAUGGGCCAAGCGAAGCCAGCCUCGAAGAAGUCGAUGGAUCCAGAGGCCAAACUCCAAAUAACUCUGGAAAGACACAGCUAGAUGGUCCAAGUGUAGGAUGCAAAGCGGCAGGUAAGCUUAGGAAUGGAAUCCUGGCUGGUAUAACAGUCAACCUCCAGAGUAAGUCGUUGAAGAAAAAGCGAGAGAAGAAGCGUGCUAGGGACAAGGUCUUACGAGAUGACCGGGUGAGCAAAACUGCGCUGGAUAUGAGGAAAAAAAGUGCCUUUUUAGGAUAUAGCUAUCGGCGCCCUAAAGAUGCUCUACUUGCCCUUGAACUUGAGAGGGGCCGAAGGCUCGUCCGGACUGACCAGUAGGGUGCAGGAACUGGCUCUUUAUCAUUGGAAAUCGGAUAUCCAUCUUUAUCUUCGACUUCUUGUGAGAGCUAAUACUCUUGUCAUGUUUAUCCCUGCCGCAUUUCCUGAGCCUUGACUAUUGAGCAGCCAUUGCUGGUGUUUGCUGCCUUAUGAACUGUGUUCUCAGCAUUAUUCUGGUGUUUGAUGUUUGUUACCGCUGUGUGCUUUGUUGAGCACAUUUGUUGUUUCGCAAAAAAUAUCAACAACUAAGACCAAUAAAAUAUUCUUACCGCAUUC